CCGCUGACGCUCAGCUGCGUCAGAGUCUAGUCGAGGGAAGGAGGCGAGGAGGAAAGGAAAGAAUAAAAAAGGAGGCAGGGUGUGAGAGGAGAGGCCGUGGAGAGAGCGGACUGAGCCAGUGUGUCAGUGACAGCGCUGAGUCGUGCUCACCCUGACUGACCGCGGCGGGUGGACGGACAUGGAGGGAUCCACGGAGGAAGAGUUCAAAGAGAAAUUACUAUGGACCGUCAAGAGAGAGGUGAAGCAGAUUAUGGAGGAAGCAGUGACUAAAAAAUUUGUCCACGAAGACAGCAGCCACAUCAUUGCUCUGUGCACUGCGAUCGAGGCAUGUCUGGGUCACCAGCUGAAGAGACGGGCGGCUGGCUUCCUCCGCAGUGACAAGAUCGCCGCCCUCUUCAUCAAAGUCGGCAAAGUUUCCGACACUGCCGGUGAAGUUUGCCGUAAAGUGCAAGAACAGCUCCAGCAGCAGGCAGAUCUCACCAGGAGAACUCAGAGUGUGGGACAUGAGCCUCUGAGGAGACAGGGCUCCUCCACCACCAGCCGCCCCCCUCAGCCCCUCUCCGCUCAGGCCAUCAAACACAUCUGGGUCCGGACAGCGCUCUUCGAGAAAGUGCUGGACAGGGUAGUGCAGUACAUCGUGGACAACUCCAGUAAAUACUACGAGAGAAAUGCUCUGAUGCAUGACUCAGUCUUCGGGCCCAUCUUGGCAGCCCUGCUGGUCGGACCUUGUGCUCUUGAGUACACCAAGCUUAAGACAUCAGACCAUUUAUGGACUGACCCCUCAGCCAACGAACUUGUCCAGCGUCACCGUAUCCAUGGAGCCCACAGAGGUCAAGACACCACACCCAGCCGCCGACCUGCUCUGGGGAUCCGCAAGAGACAAUCCAGUGGCAGCAUGUCAGAGGACAGGUUUGCUGCAUCAGCAAGGGAGUAUGUGGAAUCUCUACACCAAAACUCCAGAACACACCUUCUCUACGGCAAAAACAACGUCCUGGUGCAGCCGAAGAAGGACAUGGAGGUGUUGCGGGGCUACUUGUCGCUCCACCAGGCUGGAGAUAACCUGACCCUGAAGUGGACCCCCAACCAGCUCAUCAAUGGCACGUUAGGAGACUGUGACCUGGAGAAAAGCAUCUACUGGGAUUAUGCACUGACUGUUCCUCUGCGCCAGAUAGUCUGCAUCCACUGCCAUCAACGCUUGGAUUGUGGUGGCACGCUAGUUCUGGUCAGUCAGGACGGUAUCCAACGGCCUCCCCUCCACUUCCCCCCUGGUGGUCACCUCUUGGCCUUCCUCUCUUGCCUAGAAACAGGUCUCUUGCCGCGGGGUCAGCUAGAGCCUCCUCUCUGGUCACAGAAAGGCAAGGGAAAAGUGUUCCCUAAAUUAAGGAAGAGGAGCAGUGCUGCCCGGCUCAUUGACCAGGACAGAAAUGGUGAGGAGCAAACAGCUGCUGACUAUGUGUUUCGCAUUGUCUACCCGGGAUACCACUACGAUGCCACAGUCACUAUAAAUUACCACCACACCACGGGCAGCCGCGCUCCCUCGCUGGACGAUGACGAGGAAGAGGAAGAUAGGCUCCAUGCUAUGAUCUCAAUGAUCUGCUCGCGGAACCUCACAGAUCCUAAUGUCAUGAAAGACCACGGGGAUAUGAUGGAGAUGCAGGCUUUCGGAGGAAGCCCAUUGUCAUGGCAACAGGCUGAAGUAACCACUCAUGACUCCCUGUGCCAGUCCUGCUCCACAGCUGGCAGCAAUGUGUCAUUCGAAUACCCGGCCGGCUGUACCUGCAUUCACAACACGGCAGAUAUUCACACUGUUCCUCUGAAGAUGCUCUGCCAGAACAUGAAGAGACAGAUCGUCUCCAGAGCCUUUUAUGGAUGGCUGGCCUACUGUCGACACCUGUCCACUGUGCGGACUCACCUGUCGGCUUUGGUCAACCACAACAUCGUUCCUCCAGACAGACCCUGCGAGGCGUCCGGGGGCCUCAGCAAAGAAGUGUGGAGCAAGUACCAGAAAGACUGCAAGAACUAUAAGGAGCUGGAGCUGCUGAGGCUGGUGUAUUAUGGGGGAGUGCAACAUGAUAUCAGGAAGGAGGUCUGGCCUUUCCUGCUGGGACACUACAAAUUUGGCAUGGGCAAAAAGGACAUGAGCCAGAUCGAUGCAAAGAUCAGUGAGCGUUACCAGCAGGUAAUGCGGGAGUGGAAGGCCUGUGAGGUCAUCGUCAGGCAGAGGGAGAAGGAGAUGCAGUCGGCCAUCUUUGCCAAGCUGUCGUCAGGCAGCAGCAUUGACAGUCACGUCCUGCGACUGGUUCACAGAGACUCCACACUCAGCAAUGAGGUGUUUAUGUCGGUGGAUGAGCCAGAUGCAGGGAGCCAGGAGACUCCCAGUGGAGAGGACAUCACUCCCACCAUGACCACCUUGGUCCCCCCGGCCGCCCUCCCCCCCGAGGAGCGUCCUCUGGUGGAGUUUGACUCCCCGGACUCGGGUCUGCCCUCCUCCAGGAACUACUCAGUGACCUCAGCCCACUCCCAGAUCCUGUCCAGCAUAGACGACAGUCAGAGCAUGGAGGAGGAAGGAGGGGGCGGGGAGGAGGCCAGGACUCUGGGUGUGUUGGGGGGGCGUCAGGACUCUCUGACCGAGGACCGGCUGUGUAGCCAGCUGGACAAACUGGUGACCAAUGGAGCGUCUGCGGAGGGGAUGUCACCAUCACUGUCCAAAUACACAAUUGAACUGUUGGACAUCGUCGCCCUGAACCUCCACAGGAUAGACAAAGAUGUCCAACGCUGCGACCGGAACUAUUAUUACUUCACCUCUGCCAACCUGGAGAAACUACGCAACAUCAUGUGCAGUUAUGUGUGGGAGCAUCUAGAGAUGGGCUACGUUCAGGGCAUGUGUGACCUGCUGGCUCCACUCAUGGUCAUCCUGGAUGAUGAGUGCCUCGCAUACAGCUGUUUUACUCAGCUAAUGAAGAGGAUGAGUCACAACUUCCCUAAUGGUGGAGCCAUGGACACACACUUUGCCAACAUGAGGUCACUGAUCCAGAUCCUGGACUCGGAGCUGUUUGAACUGAUGCAGCAGAACGGAGAUUACACUCACUUCUACUUCUGUUACCGCUGGUUCCUGCUGGACUUUAAGCGAGAGCUCCUGUAUGAGGAUGUGUUUGCCGUGUGGGAGGUGAUCUGGGUGGCUCCCUGGAUUUCCUCCAAGCACUUUGUCCUCUUCCUGGCCUUGGCCCUGGUCACCGUUUACCGUGAGAUCAUCAUGGACAACAACAUGGACUUCACUGACAUUAUCAAGUUCUUCAAUGAGAUGGCCGAGCGUCACGACGUCCAACAUAUAUUAAAGAUAGCGCGUGAGCUGGUGCAUAAGGUUCAGUCUCUGAUGGACAACAAGUGACCGAGGAGGAGCAGGAGGAGGAGGAGGAGUGGGAGGACAUCAGUGCUUCCUCUCAUCCCUUAGAGAGAUGUCAGCGUGUUUACAGACCUCCACCUGUCCAGAGAGAGUCCAUAUGGUCCAUGUCUCGUCCCUGGCCAGGUGAAGGUGAGCGCGGGGCAGGAGUGCUGCUCAGACGGUCCGGCUCUGGAGCUCAGGCCUGGAUCUGUUUACAUUUACCUUUACUUGGAAUGCUCAUGGUGUCCGUUCAGACAUGUGGAUUUGUCUGCAUGCUUGUGAGUUUGACCACACUGUGAGGACAUUCUUGAGUCUCCCCAGUCUUGCAGAGCUUGUGUGUGUGUGUGCAUGACAACACACAGACACACACACAUAUAUACAAAUACACACACUCUAUAUUAACUCUUGUCAGUGCUCCUAUUUCAAGAGUCGCACCCUUUUCUCCAACGCUUGAAGCAGAACAUAUUGGAUGCCUGUCAGGAAGUGUUUGUUCCUCCAGUAGAGGUCAGUAGAGUUCAGGAUUUUACCCACAACAUUGCCAGAGGAGCGGAAGACUUUAGCCACGAAGAAGUUUUCAUUAGUGACCAAAUGGACUGUGCCAACUACCUUUUCAUGAGUGUUUUCUACAACUAGCAUGUGUGUUUCUACCCUUUCACCACUGUUUGUUUUGUUUUUUUCUUUUAUUCAUGGAAGUUUUAUUAUCACACAAAUGUUGCCUUUAUCAGUAAGAGCCCAAGGUACUUAGUUGCACUUUUUUCUGAGGGUUUCCUUCCUGGUGCCUAUGAAGGCCUCGCUACAGUCAGCGGAGGCUGGAGUUGCCACAAGAGGCCAAAUUGUCGAGAAACUCCGGAUGAAUUGCAGCCAACUUUUCUGAGCAUGUCAGUCAGUGGUUAGGCCAUGUUUCAUCCUUGCUCCAAGAUGGAAGAACUAACAGCAGAGCACAACAGCGACGACAAAAGCACACUGGAUUGUUCAUCUUUAACGUUUGUAGUCCCUUGAUUUUAGUCCAGGCGUCAAAUGAAGACACACUUUUACAGUUUUCGAGCACUGAAUUGGGAAUCACAAUUACAAGUUUGGUUUUGAAGUCGUAUUCUGACAUUGGUGGAAUAAAUCUAACCAUCACAGGUUUUUAAAACAGUAUUAUGGCAUACAUUUACAGAAAACACAAUGAAAAUGAUUCAUGGAGAAAUAUGAGGUGAAUUUUCUAAGAAUUCUAUUUUUUAAAUUGUCAGCUAUUUGAUUCAAGCCAACCAUUCUUGAGCUUAGGAACUGGCUAUGGCGGUGUUUCAGAUUUAAGUUGUACAAUUACUGAUGUAACACAGAGGAAGGAGACAUGAAAGAGGGACAGGAAACAACAUUUCAAUUGAUUCUAUUCAGUGACGUCUACAAGUGGAGUUAAAAAUAAGGCUGGUGCUACUCUGUUUUAUUAUUGUCAACAGAUCCCAUGAAAAGACCAAAACCAGCAACACAAGCAGAAGUCUGAUCACUAUUUCCCCAACACGUGGUGGUGUUACAGUGAGUUUUUACAGCAGCCUGACUCUGGUUUAACCCAAAAGCAACAAUAUAUUAAAUAGACACCAGGGGGCGACUGCUGGUUACAGAAAGUUUCUGUUUCUGUAAUUUUCUCAUGAUGUCUAUGAGAAAAUGAGCCUAUUUCCCACUUAGUAGGAAAUUAGAGAGGAGUUUAUGUGUUUCUGUUACAGUAUGUACCGUUUGUUUACACUCAGUCACAGCAGGAGAUUCAGGGUUUGCUGUUCACUGUCUAGUUUUGGGGGAAAACAUCUAACUGUGAUUUCGAUUUGAUUUGGAAAACCUUCAAAAUCAAGUUUUCAUUGUGUUCAUAGAUUAAAAACAGCAAGUUGUAAUAAAUAGAAAAAAAAAGAACAGUUCCAUUAAUAAAGCCAAUUGGAACGUAUAGUUGUUAUUCACUUAACUUGUAAUAAUUUGCAUCCCUCCAUAUCGUCCAUAUCAUCCAUAAUUGCAUGUCUAGAUUGUUUGAAUAGACACAGCCCUUUAUUUUGUGGCUCUCACUGACGUCCUGAUUGGCGACAGAUGAUUUUACAUCUACACUAGUUAGUUCUCAGGAUGAGCUCGAGGUGGACCGUGUUGACAGUCACGCAAGAUUUUACCCCAUUCUAGAAUAUUUGAAGGGCUGUGCCUCUACUGCAGUUACAGUACAGUGUUACCAGCAUUACAGCCAGUGUUGGUUUGGGUCUUUUCAUGAACUACGGUGACAAACUCUUCCCUUUAAAUUUACCCACACUUUCUUUAGGAAUGAAUGGAAUGGAGUCAAACAUGCCCACUGAUCUGAAGGCAACCGCUUUGUGUUGCGUUCAGUGCUGUUAGGAAAAAGUGGUUGCAGUUGUCCAUGUGGAACCUGAUUAAUCCAGCCUCUGAGGAGAAGACGUGGCUGGAGUGUGUUGGUCCGAGUUCACAGGUUGAACAAAAAUACCUGAGACAAAGCUGCUUUUGACGCCAACCUUUGUGGAGUGUUCAGUGAAUCAGUAUUCGGAUGGAUUCGGCUCAACCGCAACAGCACAGAGUAUAGUUUGUGUUUGUACCAGAAGGGAAUCUGGUUUACAAUCCCCUUCAUCACUUUGGCCCUUUACUCCCCCCCCCACCCACCGUCCUUGCCUCCUUAAAAUGUCCAAAACGGCUGCAUAUGAUUGGUCAUCCAGCACUGACCCACACCUGUGAUUCAAGUGCCAAGAGUCUUCCCCAAUCCUGAAGUGUACUGUAGUCAUCUGGCUCGCUGAUUCGCUGGUUUGAUCCCAGGAAUGGGCAGUGGUGUGGAUGUACCUUGCUACGGACUCUUCCUCUUCCCCACCCUGCCUCUACAGCGACACACGGGGGCCGGUAAGGGAAACCUGGGCCCAUAGCAGAGCCUUUUCUUCCAAUCAGGACAUUGCGUACCAAAGCCUUGAAACUAGAGCCCGACUGAUACUGGAUUUUCGGGGCUAACCCUGCUUGCAUUUUUUUGUGUCACAGAAUAAAGUAAUCCUGAAAAGUUCUUAACCUCUAUGAUGAGUUUCACUCUGGAAUUGAGCGUCUCUGAUCCUGUUCAAGCUACAUUUUGGCACAAAUGUUUAUAAAGAUCUAUGAAGGUUUAUAAUGGUGCACAUGAGAUGACAUAAUACUCAUGCUACAGGUCUACAUUGGCAGAUAAAACUGAUAUAUCAGUCGGGCUCUACUCAAAACAGCCCCCUCUGUGGCAUGACAGCAAUGUGCAAUUUCAUACUGCAUCUUGAAUACUGACUGUUUACUAUGUGUGUAAAAUAUUUUUGAAAAUGGUGAUCUUGAAUUCUUUGACUACAGUGUCAUUCCUGUUGUUUGAGAAAACCCAUUAAAGUCUAUAUUCCUGUACAUACGAACCAAAACCCAAUAUUUCUAUGAAGACAGUCAGAACAUAUAACUUAUUUUGAGAUCUAUUUUUAUGUUGGUUUUAGCGGCACUUGUUGGAGGUGUAUACUGUGCAGAGCUGCAGAAUGUGUGCAGACCAUGUACACGCUGACUGUUAAGUGUUUCUUUCUCAAUGUCGUGCACUGACUUCAAGAUUUAAAAUUUCUAUUUAUUUAGAGAGCCAGUGAUUGCAUUGCUGAAUAUGUACUAGUGAGGAUGUAUCAUUUGCCUUGAAUGUAAUGUAUUAUUAAACAAAGGGUUGUUCAGUA